AUGUCAAAAAGAACAUCAAAACCACACAAAUCCUCAAAAAAAGUUACUAAAAAAACAACAUACCCACACUAUGAAAACAAAAAAUUCAAUGAGGACAGUGUUAUUGGAGUAAGUGGAUUUGGAUUUGAAUUUGAUGUAGUUCUUUCAAUAGUUUUAUUAAGAAGUGUAAACCAAUUUAAGCGGUCUUCAAUUAAGUUCUUACAUUCAAAGGAGGAAAUGAAAGGAUGUGAUGUUGUUCUUGGAUAUGGUGGACAAUAUGAUCCAUCAUUAAAUUUAUUUGAUUAUCAUCAAAAGGGAUUUAAUAAUAAAUAUCCAGGCUCAACAUAUCUAAUGACUUGUUCAUCAAUGGUAUUCCUUAAAUUUGGAAAAGAGAUUGUUAAUUCUUAUUGUUUUAAAUACAUAGAUCCCAAAGGUAAAUCAAUAAAAGUAACAGAUGAAAUCAUUCGAUUAGUUUGUAAAUUUUAUUAUCUUAAUCGUUUAGAAUCAAUAGAUGCUAUUCUUAAUGGUGUUUUAUGUUAUAAUGAUCCAAUAAAAUAUGAGUCAUUAACAGAUGGGAUUUAUGUUACAUCUGAUUAUUGUACAACUAUUGAUGAUAUUGAAUUAAUUGUUGCAAAUGAAUAUAAAAACUUUCACUCAACAAUGAAUUUAACAAUAGAAACAGCAACGUUAUAUCAUCCAGUAAUUCGAAAGGCUAAAGAGUCAUUACAACAACAAGGUCUUUAUAAAAGAAUUUUGUUUUGUGAUCAAUCAGUAAAUAAUUCUUUGGUAAUUGAAGUAGAGAAAGAGCUAAAAUGUGAAGGAAAUUUUUUAUUCUUUAUUAGACAGUCUCCAAAAGGAUGUUACAUUUUUUCUAUUAAUGAAACACAAUUUGUUAACCGUAAAAGUUUACCUAAAUCAUGGAGAGGUAAAGAAAAUGAAGAAUUAGAAGAAGCUUGUGGAGAAAAAGGAGCAUUUUUUUGUCAUCAUAGUGGUUUCAUGUUAUCAUGCUCAAACCUUAAUGUUGCAAAAAAACUUGCUAUUAAAGCAAUGACAGAAGAAUAA